CCCUGUUCGGCUUUCGCCGCUUUCCAGCCUGGACGUUGGCGGCGCGCGCCGCCGAGCCGCGGCAGCGCCGGAGUUUUCCUGCUCCCGGCAAACUUCGGUACUUGGCUGAGAUCCUGCGAGCGGCGAGGAGCCCGUCCCGCCCGCGGCCGCGCUCCCGCGGCGCGGGGCUCCGGCGGAGCGGCCGCGGCGCGGCUGGGAGGGAGCCGCGCUCGCUGAUGCCCGCAGAUGUUAGCGGUGGGGCAGAUGGAUGCUAAUCGCCAGAGCGCGUUCGUCCUCAGCAGUGCGCCGCUGGCCGCGCUGCACAACAUGGCCGAGAUGAAGACCUCCCUCUUCCCCUACGCCCUGCAGAACCCCUCCGGCUUCAAGGCGCCGGCCCUGGGCGGACUCAACACGCAACUCCCCUUGGGGACACCGCACGGAAUAAGCGACAUCCUGGGGCGGCCCGUGGGCAGCGCCAGCAACCUGCUGGGUGGGCUGCCCCGCAUCAACGGGCUGGCGGCCUCGGCCGGGAUGUACUUCAGCCCCGCCGCCGUCUCCCGCUACCCGAAACCGCUGGCGGAGCUGCCGGGGCGGCCGCCCAUUUUCUGGCCGGGAGUGGUGCAAGGCUCUCCCUGGAGAGACCCUCGGCUCGCCUGUCCCGCUCAGACCGGGAUGGUUUUGGACAAGGACGGUAAGAAGAAACACUCUCGACCGACUUUCUCUGGGCAGCAGAUAUUUGCUUUAGAGAAAACCUUCGAACAGACGAAAUACUUGGCAGGACCGGAGCGCGCCCGGCUCGCCUACUCCCUGGGGAUGACCGAGAGCCAGGUGAAGGUGUGGUUCCAGAACAGACGGACCAAGUGGCGGAAGAGACACGCGGCGGAGAUGGCCUCGGCGAAGAAGAAGCACGACUCGGAGACGGAGAAGCUGAAGGAGAGCUCGGACAAUGAGGACGAUGACGAAUAUAACAAGCCUCUGGACCCCAACUCAGACGACGAAAAAAUCACAAGGCUAUUGAAAAAGCACAAAUCCACGAACCUGUCCCUUGUCAGCCCCUGCAGCACCAGCUCGGACACCUUGUGAGGGCACGGGCCGACGGCCGCGAUGGGGCGAGUGUAACUGGGUGUUUGAAGUGGUGUGUUGUACAGCCUGAGAUGUAUGUGAAAUGUAUAUAUAUUUUUUACAGAAUAAGUUAUGAAAUUAUUUUCUUUCUCAUCGAUGUAAAUUUCAGAGAAAUUUUUCCGACUUUUUUGGGUUUUAUUUGUGUCCCUUUAAGGUUCCUGCUCUUUCCUUUAGCCUUCCUGCUGGUCUCCUGCACCUAACAAUCAGGUUUUGUUACGUUUUCUAUGGGUCGCCAAAUCCAAGCUCAGCCACUUUGUAUAUAGUAAAUUUCAGAUUUUGUGAUGUAUAUUUCUAGUGUAAAAACAGCAGUUUUCUUUCACUCCUUGUCCCUCAGUGUUUUGGCGGUUUCAUUUCUCCUGCCUCCGGAUUUUAUGCUUAAUAAUACCAAAAACAACGCCCAAAAAAAAGCACGAGAGAGAAAAGGACAUUUGAUUUUUGCAUUGGGAUCAAAUAAUGUCUCCACACGUGUUGAAAAGACUUUGUAUAAAUCAAUAAAUUAUUUA